AUGUCCAGUGCUCCGGUGUUAUAUCAAGAGACUCGCAUCCCAGCAACGCCCGUGCCUGGCUCAAUCCUCCACAUCAACGCAGCGGGAAACAGUGCAGUCACUGUAUUUGGUGCUGGCCGAAAGCGACCGUUCGAUGAAAUAAGUGGCCUGGACGAGGAGAGCUACGCGAACAAAUACCUGGCUACCGAAGGCUCGAUCUUCUUCCGACCGAAGACCAAGGCUCCUCGCAGCUUUCUCUGGCGCGUGCUGAACGACCGACAAGUGCUCGAAGUUCAAUGCGUCGAUCUCGUGCUCGAUCAGAAACACGCCAAAGCCGAGUCGUGGCUCACCUUUCACAUCGAUCUUCCCGCACCUAUUAUCCCUGGGGGUGUGGCAUUGGCGGAUGCGGAAGAAAAGGAUGCUUUGGAUAUCUUCGUGCUCACUGCGAGCAAUGAGCUUUACACCAUCACGCUCAGACGCGAAUUGCUGGUGCGGAAUACAGUCCCUCUAGAUUUCGACUCAUCGACAUGUGUCAAGAGGAUGGCUCCUGGGCAACUGAGCUACAAGCGUCCAUAUCGACUGUUCGCCGUGAGCAACAAUGAACUUGUCAUUACCUUGCAUGACGGCAGCAUGGUACGGCUGGAGCGACAAAAAGACGACAUCGGCGGUCAAUGGCGUGAGACGAACUAUGGCGAGAGAGGACUGGUGGGCUCGUUCAGAGGCUUGAUUCCCGGCUACAAACCACAGACCGUUCGGUAUGGAGAUUCCGAGCUUUUUGGCGAUGCAAUCACAGCGAUUGCGAAGAGCACAGACGGUAAAUACAUCUGGACAGUCACUCUCGACCACAUGCUCAAAGCAUGGAGUGUUGAGACUGGAAAGGUGGUGGCAGUGAAAGACCUGUUAGACGAAGGUGGAGAAGCAGAAGAUCGCAAGAAAUACGCGCGUAACAUCAUGAGUCCAGAGCAGGGAACGCAGUUACACCUCGUACGACCGCCGCGCCGGCAGAAGGUCAGCGACACCGACCCAUACUUCCUGGUGACGUACUUGCCCAAAACCCACGAGUUCAAAUUCUUCGACAUCGAGACAACAUUCACUUCCAUCGAGGGCGAUAGGAUAGACAUCCAAGAUGCGCAGCCACGAGCGAAUCUUGUCCCACCUGUGGAAGACUUGAUGAAUACAAAUAUCUGGCAUCUGGAAGACUUUGUUGUCUUUCCUGGGCCCCAAUGGCAGAGGUCCCAGCUAUGGAUUAGAGUCAGAAGCGGAUCCAGCUCCAGAACUUUCACCUUAGAGUUUGACCUUCUUGACAAGAAUGACAUGGCUUUCGAUCUUGAGGAGAUGUUCAAGACUGGCUGGAGUGUCGUCGAUGCCUCGUACGGUACUGUCGACGAGUUGAGGCGUGCUGUGGACUUGAACGGCAUUGAUCCUGGUAGCGAUGGCGCAACGACGCCAAGCGAGAGAUGGUUGAAGUACAUCUUCUACCCAGGAAGGUUCAGCCAGGCAUCGAUCGAGACUGCUCUACAUAUCUAUCGAAAAGGACGAAACCUAAUCUCAACAUCGAGUGGUCGAGGGGCACAAGAACCGCUCAAAGAGCGCAUCUCGAAUGCAGUAUCGGCAAAGAUCUUGCUAAAGCGAUCGUCCAACGAGCAGCCAGACUUCGAUCAAUAUCAACAAGACCUACACGGGCAGUGGACCACCUUCUUCUCCCUACUUGCACACCUUCACAGCCGCAGACACGAGGUGAUCGGAUCUGCAUUCGAUGCUGAGGAAGGUCUUGCGUGGACUGUCUGUGCCGACCUCGUAGCACCAAUCCGGGCCAGUAGUGCGGCCGAAAAGUUAGGCUUGAACUCCAACAUGCUCAUCGACAAUCCCACUCUCAAGGUGGAUGCUGUCGUCAAGAAUAGGAUCUUCACCGGCAAUGAAGAUGUCGUUGGCGCGCAAGUACUCGCCGUGGCUCGCCAAUUACGACAAUUCUUCUCCGGUCCUUCUCAAGACAAGCUGAAAAGAGAGGCGCUGCUGAGUGCGCUGGAGCAUGGAUCUGAUGUAUCCGUCGAAGAGACUUUGCAACUUCUCGAUACUCAGUGCAAUUUCGCAGACGAGAUCGGGGACGAGGAAUUCACUCAGCUAGAAAGUGCCGCCGAUCAGUUCGGUACCUUUGGUGGCCUCACAGACGACCAGUUCCUCAUGGUAUUGGAGAACAUCGAAGACUCUCCCGUAUCCGGAACGCGCGAAAAAGAUGGCGGUCAGGUUCUUGGACGAUAUGGAAGGUCUAUGAGCGUAUUGAUUGUCCAGGAGACCCUGCAGCGCGCCGAAUCUGUACUCCUGGACUUACUCGCGCUCGUGGUGUUCAUGCACUGUGAGCUGGAGCAGUCUGAGCUUAGUCCGGACUUCCGUCCGAAGGAAGUCUACGAAGCGAUAAUGUUGCACUUGAGACGCACUGAGCUGCGACUUUGGUUGUGCAGUAAUGUACGACAAGAGUCAGUGCACCCCACAGGACGAAUCGUCGACCUUGUAACGAUAUACGAAUCGAUGUUCGCGCGGGAUUGGCAACCGGUACCGCGCAUCAACAGCAUGGAGUAUGGACUGCCAGAGCUCCUGACUGCCUGGAGCAAGCGAUGGGCCUUUGGGCUCGACCUUAGCAAGUGGGGCGACGACAUCACAGCCCACAUUCUGGCUGACCUUCUAUUGCACGACGACAUUGAGCUAGCUCUGGACUUUGUCGCAUUUCUUCCGGACACACCGUGGAUAUGCUACCUGAAAGGCCGCCUUUAUGUCUCUACCGGUGACUACGAACUGGCGAGCUUCGCCUUUCAAGAUGCCGCGCACACGAUGGCAACCCUUAAGGACCUGCCAAGUCCGGUGGUCUCGCAAGAGGAAGCACAAGAGCUUUUCGGUCAAGGCCUUGUCUUCUAUUUCAAGCAUAUCACCGCUCUCUUCGAAAAGGCUGGAGUGCCUUCGUACACAGCCGACUUCGCUUCGAUGGCGCUUGAUGACCUGAACGAAAACGAUCUCGACCAAUCGCUUAUGGAUCUCGACCUUCGUAAGAGUCAAGAGGGAUCGCAUCAAGAUAUUCUUGGCAACACCAUGGAAGAGAUUCGCAUCCUGAAGCUUAGGACCACCAGAGACAGUCUGCUGUGCAGCAAAUUCAACGCCCUCAACCAGACCGGCCGCUUUGCUUUGGCAUUCGACGCUCUGUCUCGUGUGAAUGAGACUGAAAAGCAAAGCAACUGCUUGCGUACCUUGCUCGAGACUUGCAUCAAAUCGGACAGUGUCGCUGCAAUGCUUGAGUUGGACGUGCAAGGCGACCUGGCGCAAGAAGCAGAUGCGAUUUUGCUUGGUUUGGCGAAAAAGGCCAUGGCGUCAGGUCUGCCUUCUGGACCUCCCUAUCACCAGAUCCUGUUCGCCUUCCGCACCCAACAAUCCAACUUCAGGGGCGCUGCCGCUAUUCUGUACGAACACCUCGAGCGCCUUCGAAAGUCUAACAAGCUGGCAGUUCGAGACCCCGACGAUGACACAUUGCCGCAGAUGUAUGUGUUACUGAUCAACACGCUCGGUUGCUGCGGUGAAGACCAAGCGUGGUUGCUGGCGGACCCGAUUGAAGGUGUGCAUGGCGUGGGAAGUAAGAGGAAGCUCGUGACGUUGGAGGACGUUAAGAGAGACUAUACGGCUGAGCUGGAUAGGAGGAGUGAGAUCAGUCAAGGUCGAUUCCCACUAAUUGGUGGAGACGACGAGAUGGAAAUGUUCUGA